AUGGCUCAUUCUCGUUCAGCACGGGACUUUGUUGCACUUUCAGAUCUGCAUCCAAACCUUGCUCGUCCUAAUGUAAUCGGGGUGGUUAUUGGGAAAACAGAUGUCAGAAGCUUUCCAGACCGAAAAAACAUUGGCACUGAGAGAUACACCUUCGGUUUUACCAUUCGUGACUCCCCAACUUACUUCAUUAAUGUCCAGUCCUGGGGCAGAGAAGAGUACAUCAGAUCCCUCUCAGAAAGCUUCAGAGUUGGUGACUGUGUUACAAUUGAAAAUCCUUUAAUUCAGUCAAAGGAAGCAGAAAGAGAAGAAAAAUUCAACCCUGUAACUCCUAGUGCCUACAAAUUAUUGCUCAGUGAAAAUCACUCUGUGGUUAAAACCUCUUCCUGCUACGACACAGACACCAGGCUCCUGGCUCUGCUGCACCUGCCUGUCAAGGACCCUCAGGAUUAUUAUUCCCUGGGGGACAUCGUGGCAAAUGGACAAAGCCUCCAUGGGAGAGUCCUCAAUGUGCUGGCAGCUGUGAAGGCAGUUGGGGAGCCAAAGUAUUUUAUGACUUCAGACAAAAGGAAAGGCCAGAGGUGUGAAGUAAAGCUGUAUGAUGAAACAGAGAGGUCUUUCCCAAUAGUAUGCUGGGAUAAUGAAUCCAUCCAGCUGGCACAGAGUUGGAUUCCCCAAGAAACAGUUAUAUUUGCAUCGGAUGUGAGAAUCAAUUUUGACAAAUUUAGGAACUGCAUGACUGCAACUGUGAUAUCCAAAACCAUCAUUACAACUAACCCAGAAACAGCAGAAGCAAAUGUUCUGUUCAGUUUCAUCAAAGAGAGUGCCCAGGCAGGAGCUCUGCCCAGCCCGGUGAAGGAGCUGCCAAAUGAAACCAUUAACUUGGAGGCUGUAGUGGAUGUCUACACAGUGGAACAGCUGAAAGAAAAAGCUCUCCAGAGUGAUGGGAAGCUGCAGCCUCUCCAUGGAAUUAUUUAUGGCUACAUUUCCACCCUGGACAUCGACGAGAACGUGUCCAGAGUCCUGCGCAACAGAUGCUCAGUCUGCAAGUUCAUUGUGAAUGAAGCGUCCAACACCUGCACCUUCUGCAGUGACAUCUCUCCAGAGGCCAAGUCCACCUUUUCCAGCUUUGACAUCCUGGUGGAUGUGACAGACCACACAGGCACCCUGCACUCCUGCUACCUGUCUGACACUGUCGCUGAGGAAACCCUGGGCUGCACAGUCCAUGAAUUCCUCAUGCUGGAAGAAAACCAGAAGACUGCACUGAAAUGGCAACUCCUCUUGGAACGAAGCAAGAUUUACUUCAAAGUUACUUCAUCACCCAAUUGGAGAACUGGAUUAAAAGUGAAUCUUCUUUCCUGCAAACUGGCAGAUCCCAUAGAGGCGAGUCAGAGCUUGUUGGGAAGAGACUGGAAUUAUUAAUACAUGCUAGGAAAGGCUUCCUUCACUCUGUUGUUAGAGAUGCAAUUCUGCUGCUGUUGGGUUUUGACAAGUCUGUUCUGAUGGUAA